AUGGGGCUGCAGCUGAGAAAGGCAGAGGGGAGGGGGGGGCAGGCGGGUGCCCGUCAGGUGCAGCAGCCCGGAGGACAAAGACCCGCGCGGCGGCGACGCCCCGUCCCGUCGGGAGAGGACGGCGGGGCGAGCGGGGGUCCCCGCGGCAGCCCCCGACGGCGGCAGGGCGGGGUCGUGGGGCGCUCCGGGACCCCCGACCCCCUGCCCGGUCCUUCCCCCUCGGCUCACCGGCGCCGCCCGGCUCGCCUUCGGCUUCAGGGCCCCCGGGGCGGAGGGCGAGGCGCGGCCCGCCGUCGGGCUGCCCGUCCGGGGGCGUCUCCUCCGGGGCCCCAUCCCAUCCCUGGCGCCGCUGCUGCUGCUGCCGCCGGCCGAGGGCGAUCGGGAGGCGGCCUGCUGGGCGUCGCUCUCCUCCCGCCGCCCGUCUGCCCGCGCCCCGCUUCCGACGGCCCGUUAUCCCCGCGCCCGGGCGGCGCCGCCCCCUCCUUCGCCGGCCACGCCCCCCUCGCCCCGACCCCGCAGACACGUCCCGCGGCCACGCCCACCCCGGCCGAGCCCCGCCCCGCCGCGCUCAGCCAAUGGCGAGACGGCGCCGCCCCCUCCGCCCGGACAAAGGAGGCGGCGGGGAGCCUCGAGCGCCGCAGCGACGCCCGGCCACGCCCACCCCUCCCUCCCGCCACGUGA